AUGCCGGGAAAAAGAAUUGCAGUGAUUGGUGCUGGUGUCAGUGGCUUAGGUGCCAUUAAGGUCUGUCUGGAGGAGGGACUGGAGCCCACCCACUUUGAAGGAAGUGAUGACAUUGGAGGAGUGUGGAGAUAUGAGGAGAAGGCUAAGACUGACAGGCCAAGUAUCUAUAAAUCUGUCAUCAGCAACAGUUCAAAGGAGAUGACAGCCUACAGUGAUUAUCCUUCCCCUGAUCAUUUUCCCAACUACUUGCCCAAUUCCAAAAUCAUGGAGUACCUCAGGAUGUACGUCCAACACUUUGGCCUUAUGAAGCACAUCCACUUUCUGUCGAAGGUGUGCAGUGUGAGGAAGCGCUCCAACUUCUCUUGCACAGGACAGUGGGACGUUGUGGUCGAGGCUGAAGGGAAGCAGAAAUGCUAUGUCUUUGAUGGCGUUAUGGUGUGUAGUGGCCUUUGUACAGAUCCCUUCUUGCCACUUCAUAACUUUCCAGCUUUCAGGUUCGUGGCAGAAAGUUUAGGACUAGAAUUUCUCGUCUUAAAAACUGGCAGGACACUUGAAAAGAUUAAGAUUCCAGAAACUGAGAACAAGCCAUGGCUAGAGCAUGAGCGCCCUUCUAAGGAGGUCAGUGUCACUUUGCUGGCCAUCUACAGUGCGAUGCUGGAGGAGCAGAAUGUGACUGUCUGA